CCGUCGCGGCUGUGCGGAGAGCCCGAGCCCUGCCGUCCCGGCUUCGGCGCCGAGAACUACACGUUCGCCGUGUCCCGGCGACACCUGGAGAGGGGCCGCGUCCUGGGCCGAGUGGCCUUCGAGGGAUGCACUGGUCAGCCGAGGACGGUCUAUAACUCCAUGGACACCCGCUUCAGGGUGGGCACGAACGGCGUGAUCUCUGUCAAGCGGCCCGUGAAGCUGCACAACUCCGAGCUGAGCUUCUUCGUGCAAGCCUGGGACGCCAGCCUCCGGAAGCACUCUGCCAGGGUCACCCUGAAGCUCUCGGAACGCCAGCGCCGCCACCACCACUACAACCGUCGUGUCUAUCCUCGCCCCCUGGGGAGUUUGGAGGCGGAGUCUGUCCCCGGAGCCCAGCCGGAAGUGCUCACGUUCCGCAGCUCCCGCUCUCAUGGUCUCCGCAGGCAGAAGAGAGACUGGGUCAUCCCUCCCAUCAGCUGCUCGGAAAACGAAAAAGGCCCAUUUCCUAAAAAUCUGGUGCAGAUCAAAUCCAACAGGGACAAAGAAACCGAGGUUUACUACAGCAUCACCGGGCAGGGAGCAGACUCGCCCCCUGUUGGCGUGUUUGUCAUUGAGCGAGAGACGGGAUGGCUGAAGGUGACCCAGCCCCUGGACCGGGAGAACAUUGCCAACUACACGCUCUUCUCUCACGCCGUGUCUUCCAACGGGCACGCCAUCGAGGACCCCAUGGAGAUUGUGAUUAAGGUGACAGAUCAGAAUGACAACAAGCCUCAGUUCAUCAAGCAGGUCUUCGAGGGCUCUGUUACAGAAGGGGCUCUCCCGGGAACCUCCGUCAUGGAGAUCUCGGCCACGGACGCCGACGACCCGGACACCUACAACGCUGCCAUCGCCUAUAGCAUCCUCAGCCAGGAUCCCCCGCUGCCCCAGCCCAAGAUGUUCUCUGUGGACAAAGUCUCGGGGACCAUCAGAGUGACCACCCCUGGACUGGAUCGGGAGAGUAUCCCCACUUACACGCUGGUGGUGCAGGCCGCUGACUUAGAAGGGGAGGGCUUGACCACGACGGCCACGGCGGUGAUCACCAUCCUGGACAGCAACGACAACCCCCCCACCUUCGACCCCACCACGUACGAGGGGUCAGUGCUUGAGAAUGAAGUUAAUGCCAAGGUCACCACCCUCCAAGUGACUGAUGCUGAUGCCCCCAACACCCCGGCGUGGAGGGCCGUGUACACCAUCAUAAAUGAUAAAGAGGAGCUGUUUUUUGUCACCACAGACCCCGAAACCAAUGAUGGCAUUCUGAGAACGACUAAGGGAUUGGAUUAUGAGGCCAAGAAGCAAUACACUCUCUACGUGGUAGUGUCUAACGAAGACCCCUUUGACGUCCAACUGCCCACCUCCACGGCCACCGUAACUGUGAAUGUGCAAGAUGUAAAUGAGGCCCCCAUCUUUGUGCCUCCUGAAAAGAGCCAGUCUGUGCCAGAAGACUUAGCAGUGGGCAGUGAAAUCACAACCUACACUGCCCGGGAUCCUGACAUUUUCGAGACUCAGAAGAUAACGUAUCGAAUUUGGAGAGACCCUGCCCAUUGGCUGGAGAUUAACCCUAACACUGGUGCCAUUUCUACUCGAGCGGAGAUGGACAGAGAGAACACGGAGUACGUGAAGAACAGCACCUACGAGGUCCUCAUCAUUGCCACGGAUGAUGGGUCUCCGGUUGCUACGGGAACAGGAACUUUUCUCCUCCACCUCAUCGAUGUCAACGACAACGCCCCCGAGCCAGACCCCCGCCAGCUGGACUUCUGCCAGAGGAACCCGCACCCUCGGGUCAUCAACAUCAUCGACCGGGAUAUUUCCCCCAACACUUCGCCCUUCACAGCCGAACUCACCCACGGGGCAAGUGUCAACUGGACCAUCCAGUUCACCGACAGAGAGCACAAUGCUCUCCUCAUGAAGCCCGCGAAGCACCUGGAGGUGGGCGAAUACAAAGUUAACCUCAAGCUCGCAGAUCAACAGGGCAAAGACCAGGUGACCACGCUGGAUGUGUUCGUGUGUGACUGCGAAGGGGACAACAACUGUAAGCGCAUCAGUGCGUACGUCGAGUCCGGGCUCCAGGUCCCCGCCAUCCUGGGCAUUCUCGGAGGCAUCCUCGCUCUGUUGAUCCUGCUGCUGCUGCUGCUGCUGUUUGUCCGAAGGAGGACGGUGGUCAAAGAGCCCUUACUGCCGCCCGAGGACGACACCCGGGACAACGUUUAUUACUAUGAUGAAGAAGGAGGCGGCGAAGAGGACCAGGACUUUGACUUGAGCCAGUUGCACAGAGGCCUGGAUGCUCGGCCCGAAGUGACUCGAAACGAUGUGGCACCGACUCUCCUGAGUGUGCCCCAGUAUCGGCCACGCCCGGCGAAUCCAGACGAAAUUGGAAACUUCAUUGAUGAAAACCUGAAGGCGGCCGACACGGACCCCACGGCGCCGCCCUACGACUCCCUGCUGGUGUUCGACUACGAGGGCAGCGGCUCUGACGCGGCCUCCCUCAGCUCCCUGAACUCCUCGGACUCGGACCAGGACCAGGACUACGACUACCUGAACGAGUGGGGCAACCGCUUUAAGAAACUGGCCGACAUGUACGGGGGCGGCGAGGACGACUGAGGGAUGCCGAGUCCCCUGUGAAGGCCGGCAGAGCUGCCGGUGGGCCCUCGGCUUCCUCCCCUUGGCCCGUGCGGGAGGGGAAGAGAGAGACAGAAAGAUCAUGAAACAGAUGGUUUUAAAGGGGGAUUAUUUUGUGUGUGGGUUUUUGUUGGGGUUUUGUUUGUUUGCUUUUUCCCACUUUUUAGAUGUAACUGUCUUAGGGACUUUAGACUUAGACCUUAGAAGAUUUUCUUUUGUCCUGCUUUUGGCCCAGUGGUGACGUCCAGAAGAUCCCCCCCCCCCCAAGCCCUUAGUAGGAAGACGAGGGGCAACUGGUCUAUGUUGUAUGUAGAGAAAUUUUUUUUUUUUUUGCUUUUCAUCCCCCUCCUGCUACUAAGAACGAAUGUCAUUAUGGGGACCACGGGGACUUUGGUUGUAAACACGGACCCUUGACCAGAAAAAUGUGAGUCUUCAGACUCUGUGUCCUCCUCUUGUCCGUCACAGACCAGAGACUCAAGCCCAGCGUGCUACGGGCAGAGGCAGAACAAGAGAUGCUCGUCUCCACAGAGGGAUCCUGGGAACGUGAGCGCUUGGGAGAAGCAGGAGGGUAGUUGAGGCGGGCCACCUCUAGCCAGGAACGGGAAGAACCGUGGCAUCACCACAGGUGUGCCCUGUCAGGAUCUGUCUUUUUGCCAGGCUUUGGACUGGAAGCACAGAAUAGCCAAGUGCCUGCAUUUCUGGCGGACCCGGACACGCUGGCCCCCGCCCCCCACGCCAACUGUGCAUAGGAAACACUUUCCCAGGGGUACUGUGGGGUGACGGGCUGUGGGGCAAUCUGCACCUCGGAAUUCUAAUCAAGAUCGCUUUACUCAUGACCUCAAGGUUAUCUAUCGUGCCUAUAAUCACGCCUUAAUUUUGCCUUGAUUUUCCCCCCUCCCCCACCCCCCCAAUUUCAACGAAUGGAAUUCUGUGUAGAGAAUGCUCCCAUUUUGAGUGCUGAGUGCAGAUGAAAAUUUUGUAUUUGGAAAUGGAAAAGUUAAUUGUGAGAUUUAUUCUUAAAUAUUCAUUUUUAUAAAUUUUAUU